UGCUUUUCCUGAGCUUUAGGACUCCUCAGCGAUAUUUUGCCCAAGUGAAGGACAUGUUGCCAGUAGUGGUGGUACAUGGGGGGGCGGGUCAAAUCCCAAAGGAUCGGACAGAGAUGUCCACUGCGGGGGUGUGCUCUGCCGCCCGAGCCGGGUACACCAUCCUCUGCGGAGGGGGCAGCAGCAUGGACGCUGUAGUGGAGGCUGUGAGUGUCCUGGAGAAUAACCCAUGUUAUAAUGCAGGGUGUGGGUCAGUGCUGAACAUCAAAGGAGAGGUGGAGAUGGAUGCCAUUGUGAUGGACGGGAAAACUCUGGGUAGCGGUGCUGUGUCUGCUGUACGCAACAUCGCCAACCCCAUCCAGCUAGCAAGACUGGUCAUGGACAAGACGAGUCACUCCUUUCUGACAGCAGAGGGGGCCAAUCAGUUCGCCCGUUCCAUGGGGGUCCCCGAGGUGUCUCCUGAGUCCCUCAUCACUGAGUACUCCCGCAUGCGCUGGGUAAAGAACCUGGCGCCUGAUGCCAACCCUGUGGAGAGCCAAAUGGGGAAGAUGGGCACGGUUGGAGCAGUGGCGGUGGAUUCUGAGGGAAACAUCGCCUGCGCCACCUCCACUGGGGGGAUGUUAAACAAGAUGGAGGGCCGGGUGGGCGACACACCCUGCAUAGGGAGUGGAGGUUACGCUGAUAACCUGUUUGGGGCAGUGUCGACCACAGGCCACGGAGAAACCAUCAUGAAGGUUACUCUGGCCAGACUCAUCCUCUUUUACAUAGAGCAAGGUCAGUCCGUGGAGGCUGCCAGUGAUUUAGGCCUGGCCUACAUGAAGUCCAGAGUCAGUGGUCUGGGGGGCGUGGUGUCGGUGGACCCUCAGGGCCGCUGGGCCGCUCGCUUCUCCAGUCAGCAGAUGUCCUGGGCUGCAGCGCAGACUGAGACCCUGCACUACGGCCUGUACGCUGGGGAGCACUUCACCCAGAGCCUCGAGAAGCCACUCUGAAUUCACUGAAACAACAGUAUUUUAACUUUACGUGAUACAAAUAAUAGUAUAUUUCAGUAUUGACUAAUAGUUUUGAUAUACAUUGUUAAUCUUUUAUUUUGUGAUCAACUCAGUGAAGAUAGAAAGCUAAAUUUGGUGUAGAUCAUCGAAAUCAAUUUCUCUUUAAAUGGAAUCCUUCGCCCAUGCACUAGUGACAAAAAUAGCAGUUCAUCCAAUGGCUGCGAGAUGAGAAUCGUUUUCAUAUAACUUUUGCACACCGUCCAAUUGCACUCAAACAUUAACUGUGAAAAGUUGCUCAUCAAAAUAUCCCAUUUUGCCUCGAGAGAAUUUCUUCAAACUUGACACAAAUGUCCACUGGACUCAAGGAUUAACUGAUUAGAAUGUGGGGGUCAAAUCUCAAGCUAACUGUGGCCUGACAAAACGGAUUUUUGGCGAUAACAAGAAUCACAAAUUAAUACAUUUAAUAUUAGAAUGUCACACAAAUGACUUAUAUUAGGAAACUAUCAAGUGAUGACAUUUUUGACAAAUAAUGUAAACUGCCAUUUGGCUGGUUGGCAUACAACCACAUGGUGCUAAUGACAGUGGUAUGCAAUCGUGGUGUUAUUGGAGUCUUAUAACAAAUCUGUUUCCAGACGGGCUUUUGAUGGAAAUAUGCCUUUUUGUAAUUGAACGUGUUUCUUACCUUGUCUCUAUAUGGUAUAACGAAAGACUUCUAAAUGACUGUGCCUAAGGAUAUCAUGUCUUUUAACAACAGAGAUUCAAUGUGAUGAUUUUGUAGUACUGUAAUGUGAAUCGCUGCUAUCACUCCAGUGUUUGAACCAGAGCCAGUGUUUGUGAUAUUCAAUGCUGGAGCUUUGUGUUAGGAAAACACAGUUUUGAGAAUAAAUGCCUUUAAUCCCUGA